UUCAUACAGUGCUGAAAGUUAAAAUUUUCCUUGUGCAGAUUUGAAAGCAGAUAAGACACUGUGGAAAGUAAAAUGUCAGAAGAUACUGAGGGAAUUGAAAAAGAAAUAGAAGUUGAAUUAAGCAGAAUCAGUGUUUCUUCCUUUGAAGCAGACCUUGACACAGAGGUAUCAGAUGGAGCUUUGAGAGACAGUGAGGCAAUUUCAGAUGACUUGCCAGAAUCAGUUAUCUCCUAUUUAAACUUCAUAAAAAGUAGAAAUCAAGAUGCUGAAAAGUUUAUACUGCAAGACUUAGAAGAUGAAGAAACUGCAAGUAAGAUUUAUGGAGUAGUUUCUUGCCAUGCGUCAGAUUACUUGGCAGAAUUGGCUUCUGAAUAUAAUGAAGAUCCAGAACAAUUUAAAAAAAAGGUACUGUUUGAAAUUGAAAAUGAAGACUUACAGAUUGCUACAACAACUAGUUAUAACAGGCAGUCCACCAGUGAUGAAGUGGUAUCUGAUGACCAUUUUGUUACAGCUGAUGUUGAAAUGAGCAUAAGCCUUACUCAUCGUGAAGUAGAAGAAAAGUGUAGACAAGAACUUGAGCAGUGGGAGAAAAGACAAAAGGAGCUUGAAGAUGAGAAGAGGAAAAAGUGGAAAGCUGAGAGAGAAGCACAGGAAAAACAAUAUGAACAGGAACAGACAAGAAGGAGGCAGCGUCUGGAGGAAUUUGAGGCUGAAAAAAUAAAGCUAGAGCUGCUUCAUAAGAAACACCAAAUUGCAAUAGGAGAUGAGUUACUGAAAGAAAAGAAAGCUUGGAGAGACAAGACAAUGCAACAAGAGGAAUUGAUCAUGAAGCUACAAUUGCAAACAGAAGAUGAGAAAAAUGCUUUGGAAAAGCAGAAAACAAAAGAAAGACAACACCUGAUGGAACAACAGAAUACAGCAGCUGUGAAAAUCCAAGCUAGAUUUAGGUCAUUUUUAGUCCAUAAAAAAUAUGCUCCCAUUUUAAAACAAUGGAAAGAUGACAUAAAAAAAAAGCCGAAAAUACUAGAAGAAAUAGAGAGAGAAAUGAAAGAAAAAGAGGAAAAAAUGAAAAUGCGAAUGGCAGAAAAUUGGCAAAAGAAAGAAGAAGAAAAAAAGAGACAAGAACUUCUUGAAAGACAGGAAUAUUUGGAACAGGUGAGAUGUGAGGAUUAUGAGAAAAAGAAAGAAAGCCUGAGACUUAAAAGAGAAAAACAGUUGCAAAUAAGAAAAGAAGAACAGAGAAAACUAGGAGAAAAAAAAGCAAAAGCUGUGAUGAUUGAAAGCACAGAAAAGAAGAAAGGAAACGUAAACAACCGUAAGCUGUCAGAAAAUAUGAAAGUACUAAGAGAACAGGAGGAGGAAGAAGAAGACAAACAGGCUGAAAUGAUGGAUGAAAAAACAUAUUGGAUUAUUCCAGCAGAAAGAACUUUGACAUCAACAUCAAAUAUGCUAGGCUCUGAGAAGGAGCACUUUUUUCAAGUGAAUAAUGAGAGCAUAUACAAAAAUUCAGUAACACAUAUAGGAGAAAUUUACUCACAAACUAGAGAUCUUAAUAAAGCUUCAAAUAGUCAUACUUCAAGCAAUGGAUCUGUUAAUUUUGGAACUAACAACAUGGUAGAAAAUAAGGCAAGCAAUAUAUGCAACAGUCCACCAAUCGUCCAACCAGAUGGUAGUGAUAAAGAAGUCAAAGAUCAUGUUUCUCAGUCUGAAACAAGGAAGAAAACUGUGUUUCUAAUGGAAGAUAGUAACGAAGUCAGAGAGACUUCAGACAAAAUUCAAGAUUUAGCUGAGUGUUCCAGUAGUAUAAUUCUUCCUGAUGAUAUUGAAAACAAGAGAAUAAACUGGAUGAACACAUGUAAAUCCUGGUCUAAAAUAUAUGAAGAAAAUCAAAGAAAGAAAGCAGCUGAAAAAAAACGACCAAAGAAGAGUUCACUUAGCAAGAUACCUAAGAUGCCUCCAUUAAGUACAGAAAAGAUAAUUCAUAGCAACCCUUGGUGUACUCUGAAGCAGGUCACAACACUUACACUUGAAGAUUUGCCAGCUUGUAGUCUCUCAACGUUAUCUGAGUGUUCAAAUCUUCAGUUUUUGACUCUGAGGCGCUGUGGACUAGUUGCAUUGGAAGGACUAAGUAGCUGCAAAGACCUGAAGUAUAUCAAUGUGGAGGAAAACAACAUUCAGAUAAUUGACUGUGAAAAUCUAGAAAAUCUUAGUAUUCUUAUUCUGAGUAAGAACCGACUUUCAUCAGUUUGUGGCUUAGAUGACUGCAUAAAUCUUCAAAAUCUUGAACUUUCCUACAACAGAAUCACUCGGAUUGGUGGUCUGGCAUCACUGAAAAAUCUUCAGCAAUUAAUUGUGGACCAUAAUCAGUUAAUCAGCACAAAAGGUCUUUAUGAGGCACCUACUCUCAUUCACCUAGACUGCUCUUUCAAUCACCUCACACAAGUUGAAGGCAUUGAGAAUUGUGGCCUACUUCAAAUCCUGAAGUUGCAAGGCAAUAACCUCCAGGAGUUUCCAAGACUGGAAAAUCAUGUUCUCCUUAGAGAACUAUAUUUGGAUGACAAUAGCUUUUCUUCUAUGAGGAUGCUUUCUUUGUAUUGGUUGCCUCUAUUGCGGAUUCUUUUGCUGUCUCAAAAUAGAUUAACUGAGCUUGUGCCUUUGAAUUCAUUUUUAUCUUUGGAAAAGCUGGAUAUCAAAAAUAACUGCUUGUCAGACCUUGAAGGUGUCAUUUCAUGGUUAAGUGGCUGUCAAAAGCUAAAGCAGUUGUCACUCAGCGGAAAUCCUCUUCUUCAAGAAAGAAAUUGGAGGCCUUCCUUUUGUAAGGUCCUUCCUAGUUUGCAGUUUCUUGAUGGUGAAUUCUUAAACUAUAAUACUUUGCCUACAACUGAAAGGAUCAAAAAAUCAGAAUCAAGUACUUUUAUGGAACUUUGUCAACUUCAAAUUGAAGAAAAUGUUCUACUGAAAAAAAAGGCUGCUGAACUGAGAAUUGCCUCUUCUGUCAAUUCUGCACAGGGACAAUGCUGGUAUUUCAAUCAGUUGAUGAAACUUAGCAUUAAACAUCGAUAUGCACAUGAGUAUGGUCAGCUAAACAUUACUGGCAGAGGUGGACCAGAAGCACUGCAAAAUCAUCUAAAGCAAACAUCUACUGGCUGCCUACAGGAAAAUAACCUCUUUAUCAUGGGUGCGACAGAAAAUAAACAGGUCUUGUUGGAUCCUUCCAAAAGAUGGAUUGCUACUGGCCAUACUCAGGCCACAUUCAUUAACUCCUCCAUACCUGUGCACCAAAAGGAAAAUAAAGAACAUCAGAAAAUGAGGCAGACGAGCACUGAAUCUUGUAUUAAUUACAGUGGGGAGAGCAAAGGCAACAAUAACAUGUCAGCUGAACUCAUGUUGCAACAGUCAGUGAUAGUAGUAAGUAAUGUGGGAAAAGAUCUUCAGCAUUUUGAGAAUGAUACAGAAAGGCUACAUAUGGCAGCAUCGGUGAUCCAGUCUUUUUGGCGGCAGUACCAUGACAGGAGGAAAACUGACCGCACAAAACCAGAGAAUCAUCAGUUUAUAGAAUCUUUGAGACAGAAGCAUGAAGCUGCAACACUGAUCCAGGCAUUUUGGAAGGGUUUUCUUUUGCGAAAGAACCUGGCCAGUGCUCUUGCAGCUGUUAAAAGCAAUGAAGUAGAGGAUGACUAUGAAGAAAUAAAUGUGGAUGAUUUCACGUUUUCUGAAGCUGCAUUAGAGAAGGAAUGGCUAACUCUAGAUUCCACCCGUUUCCCUUCAAAAGCACUCCUGCUCUCGAACCAGCUGCACUGGCCAAAGAAGUAUUCUAGGCCUUCACAUUCCAGUGAACAUUCAAAUGGUUCACCACUGUCACCACAAGAAGUUGGGCAGUGCAUUAACAGCCCACAUUCAUACUUAGCAGAAAAUAGUCGCUUUCAUAGCAGGUCAGGGAAGGGAGCAAUGUCACAGCUCUCUGACUGGAAGGAAAAAAAGAUAUUUUCAUUCAUGUCUCAAAAAGAAGAGAAAAUUUCAGAAGAAUGGGGUUUUAAAGAUAUUUCUACUGCACAGCUAAUGCUGAAGAGGGCCCGUAAAAUGAAGCCUAAAAAGUAUAGUAAUAAAAAUUUAGACCCAGCUGUGAGAGUGGCGUUGUUCAAAACCAAUGAAAAUAAACAUCUCCAUGUGAAACCACUGAGGAAGACACAGCCUAUAAAUGCUAGUUACUUUGAAGGUAAAAAAGAAGAAUUUUCUCAGCUGGAUACUUCUUUAGAUGAGAAAUUACAAAGGAGAAAAGACUUUACAUACAAAUGGCUUCAUACACAGCUUUUGGAUUAUGGAGCUGCCAGUUUCAAAAAUACAAAGUGCUCUCGUUUUUUGCCCAAGUUAGAUCCUGUGAUACGUGAUAGUAGGCGAGUACAACUUGUGGCAAGCCCUGUAAGCAGAGAAGACACGGAUUUAGACCUUGUUUCCAUGGCCAGUGGAAGUGCUUUGACUGAGAACAGAGAAAAAAAUAAGCAGCCACACAGACACUCAGCAAGAUCUUCAAAAAAGAAUAUACCUACUCCAGAAAAAUCAUGUUUGGGUCCAUCUCGUAAACAGCGGAUAUCAUUUCGAGACCAUCCAGUGCAGUUCAGCGGAGGAUGGGGAGCAGGCAAAAAAAGGACAAAGCUUAAAAAUAUUGGAGAUAAUUUAACUAGUUGAUUUAAUCCAGCAUGGAGAGCAUAUGGAGAGAUGUUUCUUUGUAAGCCUAUGAAUAUUAAUUUUUGGAUUCUCAUUUAGUACCAAUAUAAAGAGUUUCCAUUAACUACGUUUGACAUUUUUUAUUAUACAUGGUUUCAGUGGUUUGGGUUGCUUUUGUUUUGGUCAAAGUAUUUUAUACCUGUCAGUAAGUUAUCAUAGUUUGUGUUUUCAAUUACUUGUAUGUUCAUGUUUUGUAGAAUGCAGAGCUGACUAACCCUACAAGGAUUGUUGUAAAGUGAAUAAGUUUAGGAUUGCUUAUAACAAGUGGUUGAGAUGUGCAAAUUUAAUAGUGGUUCAUGCUCAUGUGAUAUAUGUCACAUAUCAAAACAGUGAAUUCUCAUUUUCUCACAAAUAAAAUACAUGUUUGCAAACUGUUGUGAGCAAUGCCAUUCUUGGAAAAAUCUGUUUAGAAUAUCUCUCUGAAGCAGCAAAAAUUCACAGCUAUCUACAAAUGGUGGAGAUACACUCAUCUUUUUAUUUUAGUAACAUGAUAAGUCCUCUAGAGCUAAAUUAUGGUCAUAAUAUGCUAAAGCAACCUGUUUAUAGUCUUAUGCUUUCAAAGACUUCUAACAUUUUCAUAGAGGCCUAAAGAAAAAAAUAAAUUUACUGAGUUCUCAUUUUGUUCUGGGAUAAUAUAACAUUACUUCUACAUGACACUGUUAACCCAACUUUCUUUGUUCAUGUAGCCAGAUUCCUUCAGAUCUGUGUGUGAAAGUUUUGUGGUACAACAAGAUGUAGAGAAAGAAAAGAAACACUAUAUCAACUGUGUACGGGUAUCUGACUCAUUACUUCUACUGAAUGCUUUGUCCAUCAACAUACAGGACAGAAAAUGGUCUUUGAUUUCAAAGCCUAGCAUUUUAAUGUUUUCUACUUUGAGGGUAGAAGUUGCUAAUUGGAUCUAGAGAAGUCUGUCUUUGAUAUCUCCUCUAUCUUUUCCAAUAUUGUGAAGCCUCAACCUGCAACAGAUUGAGAGAAGUGGGGAGGUUAAUGGAGCCUGAAUCUUCGGUCAGUGAAGAAUAUAAAUUCUAAUGCUGUGGCUGUUUUAAAUAUGUACUUAAUAUGACAUUAUUUUGUGAGGUGCUUUUUAUGCUAACAUACAUAUGACUAUGGAUUGAAACAGUUAUCUCAUUUUUGUGAAUACUUG